AGGUGCGCACCGCUCGCUCCGCCUGUUCGUGGGACGUCAGAUUCUCGACAGAAAACUGCGGAAGCAAUACGUGGAAAAACUAUUUUAUGCUAUCAGCGUUUCAUUCCACCUGUUGCGAUUUCUUUAUGACGAUUCCUCUUCCUGGUAAUCGAAGUAAAGCAACUGAGGAAAUGUCUUUUGAAGGAAGCAUGUGUAUCUGCCUCUGAAACACAAUGGAAACUCCCUGCCUCCUGUGGGACACCAGAGAACAAACUGCUCACUGGCAAAAGUGUAGCUACAAAAACGACAACAGAAUUGAGGUCAAUAGGGAUAAAGCAUGGUAGCCCUGCUGAUCCUGCUAUAGCUCGAUAGAACAAGUAGAUGCACAGUAGACAGAACAGUAGUAGACUCUCAGGUGGAAUUGGAUUGCGUCGCUGUGUGUAGUGGGGGAGUGUAUGUUGGACCGUUAUGGUGAAGAUGGUUUUCAGAGUUGUGAAGGCUUUGACGAUUGGUCCACGUUCAGCUCUGCGGACUGGACAGAACCCCAGCAACAUGGCAAUGGGUUUUCAGACUGGGGUGCAUUCCAGGACAAUACCAGCAAAGAGGAAUCAACAACCCUACCUGUGGCAGAAGCAGGAACUUCCCAGUUUCCUGAAAACACUGAAAAUGGUGAAAAGGGGAAUCCCUGGUUCAUUUUUAAUGACUGCUUUCAAGUUGAGGGGGCAGAGAAAGACCCUGUCGUGAUGGAAAUCCCUACAUUGUCUGUGCUACAGCAGAGCACAUUAGACAAGCCCUCUCAGUCUGCAGCAAUAUCAAGCAAAGCUGCAAAUUUCUGGUGUCAUCUACAGUCUGGGUCCAAAAUUCUCAGACUAUCAGGUCCCAAACCCAAACUACACUCCCAUGAAGGACUGCUCAAAGCCCUCCAGCUCGGACAGCCUGACGGAAGUGCUGACUCACAGACCACUACUCUUCUUAAUCUUGAACUAGAAGAUCCAGAAGACCCUCCUGGAGCACUUAUUCAAACCAAGCCGAUGCCAUCACAAUGUCAGAACGCACCAGGAUUCUUUUAUCAGAUCUCACGCCAGUGGCUCAGCCAGCACAACAUGAACCUCCUGCCCUACCAGAACAAGAAAGAUCCUCUGCAAUAAUCAACAUCACAUGCACACACACUCUUACAGUUGCACUGACACACACUACUUCAGAAAAUUGAACUUUUAAACAAAGUACGCACUACUGCCUGCAUUCAUUAAUGUGUACGGAAACAAGCACAGGUAAAGUUUUCCAAGCACUUUUUAUAAAUAAAUCCAAGCCUAUUAAAAACUGUGCUUGACAAAAGUACUACUACUGUAUGCACACUAGCUCAGGAAGGAAUUCCUAAGUUACUUGAUGAACACACUUUGCCACAGAUUAAACAUAAAAAGGAGUCUUUUCACAUAAGCAACAGAAGAGAACUAACAAGUGCCUAAAAAAACAAAAUCACUGUAAACCUCAAGUACAGGAAGUUAACGCAGCCAUUUACUUAUUUAUAUAUUCCACUGUCUGCUGCUGCUGCCUAAGCUCAUGGCUUACUGUUUGAACUGACAUCUGAAAUGUUUAAAUGUAUUUGGUAUAUUUAUAUUGGAAAUAUUUAAUAUUUUAAAGAUGAAUAUAUGAAUAUACAGUUCUAUUAGUUGGUGCCCUGCACUUUAGAGCAGUUUGUCUUUUU